AUGUUUGAGGGCGCGGUCGCCGGUAUCCUGAACCGGCUUCUCGGCAAAUACGUGCAGGAUCUAGACACUGAGAACCUCAACGUGGGCAUAUUCUCCGGCAAUGUGAACUUAACCGACCUCAAACUUAAGCCUGAGGCUUUGUAUGAACUGGAUUUACCAAUAGACGUGAAAAUUGGUACCAUUGGUCGCAUAGGACUUCAAAUCCCCUGGACUGGCCUCUACACACAGCCCGUAGUGGUACACAUCGAAGAUGUACUGGUUCUAGUAGGACCAGCUAUAUCAAACAGCCAUUUCGACCCUGAUCGAGAGAAGCGGCUGACUAGAGCUGCUAAGAGGAAAAUUUUGCAGGACUUGGAAGCUGAGAGUGAGGUCCUUAAAGGUCCUCAAAAUUUCUUUGAGCACCUGUUCACGGCGAUCGUGAACAACAUUCAAAUUUAUGUCAGAAAUGUUCACGUAAGAUAUGAAGACUCUAUCAGCUCUAAGGAUGGGCCCUUGGCGUGUGGUCUGUGCCUCCUGAGCCUGUCUAUUGAAACUACCAACAGCAAAUGGAAACCUGCCGUGACUCCACCAAACGCGUCCACGGUGUACCAGAUGAUGCGUGUGGAAUCACUGUCAGCAUACUGGAACCCCACAGCCACAGCCCUGGAUGAUAACGAGACUGCACAUAUUACACCGAUGCAGUACUAUAACUGGAAGCAUUAUAUGUUGACUGGACUCGACAAGUUUUCUAUGCAUCAUGAGGAUUUUGAGUUUUUGCUCAAACCAGUGACCUGCAAAGUGAAGGUAUUGAUUAAUCGUUCGGGUGAGGCUCGUGUGCCUCGUCUGCUGCUGGAUGCUGUUCUUCAAGACAGUGCAUUACAGCUGUCUCGACGUCAAUAUCUGUCCAUAAAUAACCUAUUGGCAUCCUUUACGAGAAUUAAAUUAAACAGGAAAUAUCGCCAUUUACAUCCUGGCGUACCUUUAUCCAAGGACAUAAAGAAAUGGUGGAUUUAUGCGUACAAUGUCGUGGUGGAACAGCGCGUGAGACCCUACACGUGGGCUGCCAUUAAAAAACACAGAGAGAUUUACAACUCUUACAAGCAGAUCUAUAAGAGUACGCUGAGGAGCCCCAACGACAUUGAGUUGAAGUUGGACCUGCAGAAAUGUGAAGACAGUCUCCCUAUAGUUUCUGUGGUCAUUGCAAGGGAGCAGGCCAAAUUUGAGCUUCUAGCACAGGAACCGGAACGCAUAGAAAUUGUAGAAACUGAAUUCGACUGGUGGAAGCCGAGCAGUUCUCCAGUUGAGAGCGACAUAGAGGAGCCCAAGAGUCAUGUGGAGCUCUGCGUAAAAAGCGAAAGGAAUAAGACUUUGUGGAGCCAUCUGUCGAGUCCUGAGAAGAAACGUGUCUGUGAGCUCAUCGGCUACGUGGAGGGGGCACCACAGCCCGACAAAUCAAAGCAGUAUAUUGAGCACAAAAUAAACUUAACAUUGGCGAACUGCUCAUUAACAUUGAUGAACAGAAGUAAGGAGGUUCUCGUGGUGACCCUCACUCAAUUCCUGGCCUCCAUGGAGACGAGGCCGUCGGCAAAGGCCUACAAGCUAUCAGCUCGAGCCGAGUGUGUUGUGAUCGAAGGAGUUACUUCAGACGGAGACCUAGGUCCUCUUCUCAUGCCAGAACGUGGAACAGGAGUCACCAGCUCCAAUUUAUUGGCACUGGAUAUCGAGAAGAACCCUUGCAAUAUAGAAGCCGAUUACGGUCUGUGUUGUCUCAUGGAACCCGUGGAAAUGGUUUACGUUGAGCAUUCAAUCACAGAGCUGAUCAACUUCUUCCAAACCCACUCUAUGACAUCUGAGGAGUUGGUUGCAGAAGUAUCGGAUACUAUGUACAGAGCUGGAGGAGUUAGCAGGUCGCUCCUGGCGUAUGCUAUAAGCAGGAGGAAGGUUUUCCAUCUGAACGUAGAUGUGAAAGGACCUUGUAUCGUCGUACCGGAGCAUGGAUGUGUCCAUAAAUCUGGGCGAGUGAUGAUCUUAGACAUUAGCCGCAUUAUAGUUAAAUCCGACCUGCAUCCGUCCCAUUUGACCCUGGAGGACGCCACUUGUAUGGAACUUGAAGAAAGGCUGUAUGACAGACUACACGCUGAAUGUUCUUGUCAGAUUCUAUUCAGCGAAUGGACGGAGCCGUGGCGAGAAUCUCGUCGUCAUCCAGACUCCGAACUACACCUCGUACCGAAAAUCAAGAUGCAAGUGGUUUUCUCUAACAGUAUUAAAAAGGAUUACAAAUUAUUGCCAAAAUACAAGCUAAAUAUAUCAAUAACGAGUUUCAAACUGAACCUGUCCGACCGUAUCAUCGGACUUCUCCUGGACUUUUGUGACAAUCUACCCGUUCCUGUGCCCAACACGGUCCCCGUCUCCUUUAUGGAUUCUGGAGAUUAUACUGAAGAUACAGAGGAACCGGAGCUUAUGGAAUUAUUGGUAAUAGACAAGGUGACUGCCGACCCUGAAUACAAGGAUCUGAUUAAACUGCGUCAAAAGAUUGUUGCUGCUUACUUACUUAGGAGCAGGGCAGCAGAGACGACAUUCGACAAAGCCGAUGCAAAGACAGGCUUCCAGGCGGCACAACAAGCGUCCGCGACUUCUGAACAUAGCGAUGAGGACAUGGAGAUAUACGCUAGGACAGUAGACCUGCCAGGAUUCGAGGACAACAUGUCUCCUAGCAACAAUAUUAAUACGUUGCUAAGGUUUAUAGUUGGUGAAAUUGUCAUCAACCUCGCUCGUUCCACCGACCAAUCUGAAAAGCCCUACAUCAUGUUGAGCAUCACAAAAGUGUGCCUGGAAAUAGCUCUUAUGGAGUACGGCCCAGCAAUCCAGUUAUCUGUUGGUCAAGUGUUACUGACAGACAAACAGCAUCACAGCAGUACAGGGCAGUACUUGGAACUGGUUACCAAUUCUGGCGAACUCUUCAAUAUGUUGUAUAGAAAAGUGCGUGCCGACUGCCCCGAGUUUCGUUCCCACUUCCAUAGCGUGGAACAGGCUCUGGUAGCCGACCUCGGCAAACUCUCAUUGCUGUUACAUGCAGUGGCUCUACAGACGCUUAUCAAAUAUCUCCAAUAUAUUUACGAUAAAAUCCAAAAUCGCCAUACUUUAAAUUUGAGGAGUGUGGUUUUGCCUAAGACUCAGUCUCUAUGGGAUUACAUGAUACAGCCAGAAGCCGAUCCACCCGUUCCACCUGGUGCUACAAAGUUCAGCUACUCUGUCAGAGCAAACUCAAUAUCUAUGAAAUUAUGCCAUCUGGAGACGUCGAUGCUAGAAAUAAGACUAACCACUUUGGAAAGCGACUGCGUGUUCCGCGCUAACGAUCGAAUGAUUUUUAAGUUGUACUUAAGUUCACUACACGUCGAUGACCUAUCUGAAGCUACUUUGUAUCCCAAGCUGGUGUGGCCGGACGAGGACAAGGUCGUAGAGCUUAAGUACGUGCGAGCGGCGCCGCGGGUGUACGGCGCGGGCGCGGGCGACGCCGACCAGCGCCGCGCCAUGGAGGCGCACGGUGAGCUGCGCGUGUUCGUGGGGCGCCUCUACCUCGUCCUCUUCUGCUGCGUCGCGCACCAUCUGCAGCAAUUCCUAGAGCCACUGAUACCGAGCUCCAUAGCUACCGAAGCAGCAUUGGCAGCAGAACGUGCUGCUGAGAAGCAGGCUCAAGGUAUCCGCAGUUGGAGUACAAGAUUAAACCUUGUCAUUGAGAUUCAUGCACCAGUGUUGCUGCUGCCUCAGAAACCUUCAUCACCUAAUCUUUUGGUUCUAAAUAUAGGUGACCUUUCCAUCGAAAAUUUCUUUAAGCAACUCACAACAAGUCAAGAAGUAACCAGCCCCUUUAAGAACCCUAUCAUCGACAACAUACUCAUUAAACUACGGGAACUCACUUUCUCCAGAGCCGUUAUGACUUUAGCUGGAACGCUAGAGGUGCAGGAGCCAAUCUUAGAACCAGUGUCAAUCCACUGCGACAUGAAGCGUGUGGUGAGCUAUCAGCAGCUGGUCACUAUCAGCGCGUACCGCGAGCUCCUCGCGUGCGAAGCAAAUGUAGUCGUGGAUACUGUCUUGCUCAACGUUGGACAGAAAGACCUGGCCACCAUGAUGGCUGUGUGGACUGACAACCUCAGCGAGGGACAUUAUAUUGGGACUGUAGUACCGAGUUCUCCAGUAGAUACAGCACCGUCUGACGCCUCUGUAAAAAAGCUCCAAGCUUUCUUUGCCCAAGGAGAACCUAUUCGAAAAGAAGCAGUGAUCAGAUUUAUUUUCGAUGGUCUCGAGUUGAAACUGUUCUCUGACAUGGACGAGGUCUUAAGUUCGCCAGUAAGAGAUCUAAAUGAAGGUCUAGCAAUGCUCACAGCUGGGGAAGCGACAUUCCAACUGGAGUACAGCUCUGAUAGCAGCAUAGAACUGAAAGCUAGUCUUCAGAGUCUACUCGUAGAAGACAUCCGUCCUGAUCCUAGAAUUUUCAUUAAGAGGAUUUUCCAAUCCCAAGGUGGUACUUCAGGUGCUCACGAUGCAUGUAUUUCAGUUCGUCGUCCUCCUCUUAUCGACGCAAGUCUCAGGGUUACUGGUGCUAGAGCACGACAUGCGGACGUGAGAGUAGACAGGACCAGGGUCAAUUUGGCGUUACCAUUCCUUUUGCAAUUGGCAAGGACUUUGCUGGAUGCUAUGCCCGGUGAAAAGACUAUGGAAGGAGGUGUGGUCAAUCAUGGUUAUGUUGGCGACAUGCAUCCAUCUAAACCUGGUAAUAACAAUCGUGCUAGCAGACUACCAAGCUCUAACGAUUCUACCAGUGGAUAUUUUUCCGCAGCAAAUUCAGUAUCAGAAGAACAGCCAGGCCUGUCAAUAUCAAUCCAAUUCCGACAGCCAGAGAUUAUGUUCUUUACAGAUCUCACAAAAACUGAAGGUCAUGCUCUGCUCCUUCGAACAGAACUGCUCAUUGACUACUCUUGUCAUUCCAACAACGAGUCUUUAGUAGUCUCUUUAGCAGGGCUACAGGUCAUGUCGAAACUUCAGUCAAAGCUGAAGAAUCUUCCCCCACAGAUCGUUUUAAAACCUUGUGAUGUGGAGUUCUCAAAAUCUUUCAAGAAUAUUGAAGAAGGCGUCAGAGUAAAGCUAUCUGUUUCAGAUAUUGAAGUUCAUAUUGCUGCGACUACAGUUCACACAGUCGUGGAUAUUAUCGAAGAAAUAACAUCGGAGCUUGGGAUCCCUGACGAAAAAGAACUUUUCAAUUUCGCAACAUACCCCAAAACGGAAAAACAAGAUGAAGAUAUGUGGUCUCCAAAGAAGUUAACCCCUUACGUGGCGCUAAACCCUGAGUACACUUAUGCUCAACCGAAGUACCCGUGCAUGAGACCCAGUGAAAGCUUCACUGUGACUAUUCCAUGUAUCAGACUGAUAUUUGAGAUAGAACACACGAUCAGAGUACCCGUGUUGAUGUGUAAGAUGAAGACAGAAUUGUCUCUCUAUGACUGGUCACAACAACUUCAUGGCACGGCAUCUCUAAGCAUCUUGGCUUCGUGUUACAAUGAGAAAGUGGAUGCGUGGGAACCCCUUAUUGAACCGGUGGUUCAACAUGAGAAUGUUUAUAGACCUUGGGAGAUGACAGCUACACUAUUCCAGUCAAAAGCUUACCCAAUGUCGGCACGCUUAGACUCAACAAUACAACAUGAAACUGAAGCUGAUUCUUCAAUUGCAUCAGACCAAUCUAGAAAAUCAAAGAAGAGGAACGGUUUUGAAUCUGAAACCUCUGCUGAUGAAUGCGAUACUGACAAUGAGAUGACGUUUAUUAGGAAUCCAAAUGGAAGAGAAAACAAGCAUUAUAAUGUUGACUUUAGUGCAGGACAUAUGUCAUUCUUGGGAUUGCUAGAAGCAGAUGAAUCAGAUUCAGAAAAUGAGAGUGGUCUUAUGGACAAGCUAGCAACAGCUAUAGGGCAUUUGUUUACUGAUGACUCAAGUGCUGAGGAAGGUAGUAAUGAUGAAGAUUCUUCAGCCCCUGAAAACAGUGAGGUAGAAAUUGGCAGUGAUCAUGAAGACAAUGAGAAAGCAGUUACUUUCACAGAAGGAGAAGCUAAAAGCAAGAAGGAGGCUGAACAUAAGACGGUCACACUACAGGAUCCAGUUCGAGAAGACAGUGUAGAUUCAGGUCUAGAUAUUGAAAGUUUUGUGGACAAAACCUGCACUUAUAUUGCAAUCGAAGCCAGGGACAUGUUUAAUGUAACUAUCACUCCAGCUGGAGCCAAGAGUGUAUUGGAUUUAGCAGCCGCUUGCACAGACAGAACUGCUGCAGUUACUGCCAUAGUUACCAGUGAAAGUGGACUACUACUUGUUAAUGAUAUUGGACCCGGAUCAACUGUUCAUUUAAAAACCAAAGCAGAAACAGAUUUAGCUGGAAACGAAAGAAUUAUAGCGAUAGCUGAUUAUGAUGUUGAUACCAGCCGUCCUAGCACGCCAGGUUGUGACACAUCAUCAGCUGAUAUUUUAGAUGAGCCGAUGAUAAAAUCUAAAACUGAAAUAACGGAUGUCAGUGAUGAGUGGGAUUGUUUUGAGGGUGGUUUUGCUGGUGGAUCACCAUAUGCCCCGCCUCCCAGCGCUUGGUCACCAGCCCCACCGACACAACCUUCGGUACUGCACACUAAACUUACUGACAUGACACUAACCGUCAGAUUGCAUGAUCUAGAUAAUCUUACAAUCCUAUGUCCUCAACGCAGCGCAUCAAAAAUGCACGUGUUGCAUCCCAGUAAGAAUUCAACGAGAUACUAUAUUGUGGUUGAAAGAACAUCUAAAUAUAAUAAUAAGAAGAUAGUGGUCCGAUCACCGUUGCAGAUCCGGAACGAAACAUCUUAUGCAUUAGAACUAUUCUAUAAGAAGACUGAUCUACAAGCUGUAGGGAUGGAACUCAUAGGUUCUCUAACAAACCCCUUCGAUGACAAAAUGCGGCUGGCGGUAAUCGCACCACAGGAAACAUAUAACGUACCGCUGUAUAUAGCGUAUCAUUGCAAGCUGUUCCUGUUACCAUCUAAUUUCGAGAGUUACCAAACAGCCACACAGGGUAUCUGGUGGAUGGAACUGGCGAAUGACCUGGGCAUACCUCGUGAUAUGAUUUGUCCCGCUAAGGCUGGCGAGGACAAAAGAAUUUUCGCAAUGAGAAUACUGCCAGUGGAAGGAAUUCAAUCAACUAAAGUGAGCAGAUCAAUACCAAAUUACCUGAUCCGGGUAGUUCCUCCCCUGGCCAUUUACAACCGCUUGCCUUAUGCAACGGAAAUAUCCUGCGAAUCAGCGUCAUGGAUGAUGCGCAUAGAGGCAGGGGAACGCACACACACAUACACGCUUCAACUGACACAGUCACACAGGAUCACAAUCGAGAUGCAUUACAUGGGAUUGCCCUGGACCGGGAGCUUCACGUUGUCUCCAGAUAUAACAGAGAAAAGCGUGACAAUGACCAGCUCAGGUGACGCGGAGAGCUGCAACAAGCAGGUGCUGGUCUGUGUGACAGUGGAGAGGAACGAUUGUUGGGAGUUGUUCUUGCACGCUCAGCACUGGUUUAUAAACAAAACUGGUUUACCGCUGCAAAUCAAGGGCACCCAGACCGAAGCGUGCUACGAAGUGACGGAGGAGCCGCUGCUGUGGAGCCCCGGGGCGCGCGGGCGGCGGCGCGCGUGCCUGGUGCGCGUGCGCGCGCACCAGUCCGCCUGGUCCCGCGCCGCGCGCCUCGCCGCCGCCGCGCCCGGCCUCGUCGUGUGCCCGCACGUCGAGCGCCGGACCAACUACCGCUUGCUGCUCAAUGUGACCCUCUCAGAAUUAUGCCCCCAGCUCACAAAAAUUGUGACUCUCUUACCAUAUUUCUUGGUGUUCAACGACACCAAACGCCACCUGCGUUUUAUGGAGGAGAAUGAAGCAGCCGACCUCUGGAACGACCUCACUCCUCAGCAAAGUACACCAUUCUGGCCGCAGACAGACUCUAUGUCGAUGCAUUGCAAGUAUCGGGACUCCACUGUUGUUUCACAGCACUUUCCUAUUACGAAGAACCAUUUCACUGUACUCAGGAUGGAUAAAGGGGUGAGUGAUAUUUUUUCCUAA